AUGAGAAUUGUUCUCACCGCCUCUGUUCUGGUAUCACUACUCCUUCAACACACGGAUGCUCUAAUAUCACAGAGCCCUAUUUCGCGUUCUUCGCCUGGGAUAGCUCGCUUUGCAGAGGUUUCGGGAGCUGAUAUUGAACAAGAUGUCGGCACUGCAAGGGUCCAAACCUCGGGAUAUUCAGUCCAAUACCGGGGGAAGGUGAAUGAAAUCGAUUAUUGUAUCGCGCCAGCUGAUGUUUCACUGUCGCGAGCAUAUGAUCUCAGCAAUAGCAAAGACAACACGAUUGCCAAUGAAAAUACUCUGUCGCUUACACAAGCGUUGAACAAUGCAUCGAACCGGGCUGUUCGAAGAAUCAUUCUUGCCCAGUGUUGGCCUUCAGAGGAAGCAUUAAACAAAAGUUUGCGACUAGCUGCUGCAGCUGAAAUGCAAGCUGAAGAUGAAAGAAUAGCAUCAGGAACAACGUCGAAGUGUCCUGUUCCUCGACCAAUUUUGAAUCUACUCAUGCGAAGGGACACGGCGACGCCUUCAUCCAUCCCAAAUCCAAAAGGGCGAACCAACGAGCAAUAUGUCACUGACCAAAUCAAAUCUUUCGAUGAACGAUAUGGUUCCCUUCCAGGAUAUCGGUAUGCAGAAGCGUAUCUCGAAUCAAUACUGUCCCUUGCAACAACAGGGCAGGAGUCUCCUCGAGUUUCCGAAGUCUUGGGGUCUGGAGUUUAUGAUGAAUCAUACAAAAGAGUCUUAUCAGUUCUAAAGAGUGUGGGGGUGACGUUUGAAGAGCUCUCCGGAACCGAUCGCUCCAAAAUCUCAAACGAUUUAAAGAAUCAAGACAUUUGCUUGUCCAUGCUGGACAAGUUGGGACAGACCAGCCCAAAGCCAAUCAAAGUUGAGGAACCAGAACCAGUUGAGGCGAACUCUGAGCAAGAGGAAGUCGUCGAAGAGGAGGCACCUGCUCCAAAGAAGAAGAAGAAGAAGAUACGAUUCAGGUUUUGGAUGAAACAAGAAGAUGAAAAUGAUUCAAAGAAGGAGCCUGAGCCAACGAAUCCUGAAGAGGAAAAGCCAAGCAAGGAGUCUAAAAAGGCUGAUACGGGGGUUGUGUUGCUGAGCUACGAAGAACCAACCAUGACAAGACAAUUAAACUCGCUAUCCAACAUUGUCCAAAGAGCUCUGUUGUUUGGUGGGGAUCAGGAACUUUUGAUCUUGUCAGAAACUCUCGAUACCAACAAAGCACCAUUCAUCGAGCGUUGGUAUCCUGGUACUGAAGGAUCAUCUGCUAAUUUCGAUGAGGAAACCCGUCCUGGAGUUCAAUACUUGAAUGCCCUAAUUUCGCUAUUGCGAACGGCAUACGAUGUCGGCUUGGUUACAGAUCUAGAGCCAGCUGUAGCUUUGAUUCCAAGCUACAGUAAUGCAUAUGAGCGCAUUAUGGCCAAUCUUGUCGAGUUGGGGAGUGGAUACAUUCGUCCAAUGACUCCAACUGACAGCACUUUGCCCAAGCCGCGCACCCCCACCGAAGAAUUGGGUCGUUUUGCCGUAUGGGAGUCACGAUUCCGUGGUGAAAGUGACGGAUCUUAUCCUGAGGAUUUGGAAGGAUCAUGGGAAGUCAAAGACGAAGUUGGAGGAGAACUCAUCGGUAGUUCGACUGUGGUUUUUGAGCCUCAAGGAGAGGUUUCUGUUGCUCCACCAUUGCAGGGUCUACGGUGGCGUCUCGAUCCUGGCCCUACACACCUUGACACAUGUACAUUCCAAGUUCUAAGCGAAGAUGGCACAGUACUCCAAUACCGUGGCUUCAUUGAUCGAGGUGCAAGGCUAGAAGCUCGGUUUUCAAAACGAUCGAUCGGAAUUCGAGGUUCUGUGAUGUUUCAAAUGCGAGACGGUGAUAUCGCGGGGACUGGAGCUGACUACUGGAAGGAUAUGCUCCCAAUCAACUAUAGAACAGGAACAACGAAGUUCGUAAUGAAUAAAAGUAUUGAUUAG